GUGAGCGGAGAGACACAUACCACACACACUUGCACAAUAGAGUGUUUUUUUUCCUUCUCCUUUAGUCCUCUGUAUUUUAUAAUUUGUAGCUGUCAUUUUUACGUUUUGUUUUUCCUCUCCCCCCUCUGACUCCCCCGCUUCUGUGUAUCCCUUUCUGUUAAUCAUCCGUCUUUGGUAUAUUCACAUAUAUAACUAUGAGCUUUGUUGAAGACCGAAGCUUCAUGAAAGAAGGUGAGGUGCUGAGGUUCACUUGUUUAUACAUGUUUUGUUUGUGUACAAGUUAAUAAUUUUUAGGCUUUUGUUGAUGAUUCAGCUAAAAGGGUUGUUUUUAUUCCCUAAAAGUUGAUUUAAUUGUAGGAGUUUGUAAAGGAAGGGGUUGCUUAUUUGAAACCUCUUUGUUAAGGAAAUUCAAAAAUCUCAAAACCCCUUUAUUAUUUGUUAAGGGGACAUGGGAGAAGCCAUGGAUUUGGGGGAUGGUUGUUAUACUGGUAAUUACAAUAACAAUAGUAAAGGUAAUAGUAGUGAUAAUACUUGUUGUUAUCAAGGCGGUGAAUUAAUGGAAGCACUUGAACCUUUUAUCAAGAGUCCUUCCCCUGUAGCGGAAGCAGCAGCAGGACCUCCUCCUGCUUCAUUUUAUUCUUCUUUGACUUGUUCAUCUUCUUCUUCUCCCUCUUUCCCUUACCGGAGUUGUCCUAUGCCAGUGACAGCAGCAGCAGCAGCAGCACCAUAUUAUUAUUAUUAUGACACAUACAACUCUCAGUCUCUAUCUUUCUCUCCUCCUGCUGCGGCUGCGGCUGCUACUAAUUUGUACCCCUCCUCCUCCUCCUCUUCCACAAAUAUUCUUGGAUCAGGUGAUGAGUUUGGGUCACAUGCAAGUUGUAUCGGACUGAACCAGCUGAGCCCAUCACAGAUCCACCAAAUCCAGGACCAAAUCAAUCAGCAAUAUCAACAGCAGCAGCUUCAGUGGCCACCCCAGCGUCAGCGGACACUUAAUUUCCACGACCCCAACCCCACUCCCGUCGCCCCACCCAAACCCGGAAAGCUAUACAGGGGAGUUCGACAAAGGCACUGGGGGAAAUGGGUCGCUGAGAUCCGAUUACCCAAGAACCGGACCCGCCUCUGGCUGGGUACAUUCGAUACAGCCCAAGAAGCCGCUCUGGCAUACGACAUGGCCGCUUACAAGCUCAGGGGAGACUCGGCUCGCCUCAACUUCUCACACUUGUCCGGAAACUUCGGAGACUACAAGCCGCUUCAUGCAGCUGUCGAAGCCAAGCUUCAAGCCAUAUGUCAGACUUUGGCGGACGGAAACAACAACAAGAAGCAGCAGCCGUCUAAGACAAAAAAACUUGAUGUUAAGCUGGAGGGAAGCUCCGAUACGAAUUCGGAUGGACCCGAAUUUGGGCAAGAUGAUGAGACGGCUUGGGAAUUGGGCUCAGCCCAAAACUUCAUGCUACAAAAAUAUCCAUCUUAUGAAAUCGACUGGGCUUCUAUUGAGGAGUAGCCCUGUCAUCUUUAUUUACUUUUUCUUGUUUUAUUUACUUUAGCUAGCGCAAGCCCGUGGUCUGCAGUGAACUUUUUGGCAAUUGCAGAGGCGGCUUAUAUAUACUCGUAUUUUCUUGGUGUGUCCAAGUUGGUCAGCUCAUUUUUUUGCUAGACCAAUGUAAUUUGUAUUAUUAUGUCAAUCAAGUUAUUUUACUCCUAGUCAUCUUAA